GGCCUCAGCGGCGGCGCGGCCCCAGACUUGAGCCGCUUCGUGGCUCGGAGCAGCACGUGCGGGGAGCUGCGCUCCGCUCACGCGGGCCGGACCGUCACGCUGUGCGGCUGGAUCCAGUACCAGAGGCAGGGCCUCUUYCUGGUUUUGAGGGAUUUCCAGGGACUGACCCAGAUCAUCAUUCCCCAGGAUGAGGCACAUUCCCAUGUGAAGAAGCUSUUGUCCAGUGCUCCAGUGGAAUCUGUCGUGCGAGUGACUGGGAUUGUGUCCCUUCGACCCCCGGGGCAGGAGAACCCUAAAAUGCCAACAGGGGACAUUGAAGUGAAGGUGGAGACUGCAGAGCUCCUAAACUCCUGCAAGAAGCUACCUUUUGAAAUCAAGGAUUUUGUCAAGAAGUCAGAGGCCUUGCGCAUGCAGUAUCGCUACUUGGACUUGCGCAGCUUUCAGCUGCAGUACAACCUGAGGCUGAGAUCACAGAUAGUGAUGAAGAUGCGAGAAUACCUCUGUUACCUCCAUGGAUUUGUGGAUGUAGAAACUCCAACGCUCUUUAAGAGAACUCCAGGGGGGGCAAAAGAAUUCCUUGUGCCCUCGAGGGAACCAGGGAAGUUCUACUCUCUGCCACAGAGUCCUCAGCAGUUCAAGCAGCUCCUCAUGGUUGGAGGUCUGGACAGGUACUUCCAGGUUGCUCGCUGCUAUCGAGAUGAGGGUUCCAGGCCUGACAGACAACCUGAAUUCACUCAGCUAGAUGUAGAGAUGUCAUUUGUGGAUCAAGAUGGGAUCCAGAGACUAAUAGAGGGCCUCCUGCAAUAUUGCUGGCCUGAGGAGAAAGGCCCCAUUACCACUCCCUUCCCCUCCAUGACAUAUGAGGAGGCACUGGCCGACUAUGGGACUGAUAAACCAGACACUCGCUUUGGCAUGAAGAUAAUGGAUGUCAGUGAUUUCUCACGAAGUUUGGGCAUUCCUUUUGUGCAGAAUGCACUCGGCUAUCUGCAUGGCACUGUCAAAACCAUUUGUAUCCCUCAGGGAAUGAGAUAUCUUAAAAAUAAAGAUAUUGAAUCAUUAAAGGAGACUGCAAGAUCCCAAUUUAACCAGGAAAUUGUGGACGUUGUCUGCAAGCCUGAUGGAAGCUUGAAGUCUCUACUUACAAGGUUUAUUGGCCAGGAGCAGCAGUCAGAGCUCAUCCAAGUGCUGAAGAUGCAGGUGGACGACGUGGUCCUGCUGGCAGCUGGAGAACACAAGCAAGUGUGUUCUGCUUUAGGAAGCUUGAGGUUGGAGAGCGCCAACCUCCUGGAGGCAGCUGGCCUGGUGCUCCGUGAUCCAACGGCUUUUCACUUUCUCUGGGUGGUGGAUUUCCCACUUUUCCUCCCCAAGGAAGAGAAUCCCACUGAAUUGGAAUCUGCUCAUCAUCCUUUCACUGCCCCCCAUCCUUCAGACAUGGGCCUCCUCUAUUCUGAUCCCGCGAAGGUCCGUAGCCAGCACUAUGACCUUGUGCUGAAUGGAAAUGAAAUUGGAGGUGGCUCCAUCCGGAUUCAUAAUGCGGAACUACAGCGCUUUGUGCUCGAGAAGGUGCUGAAGGAGGAUUCUGAAGUGCUUUCCCACCUGCUUGAGGCUUUGGAGUUUGGAGCUCCUCCUCAUGGAGGAAUUGCCUUAGGACUUGAUAGGCUGAUCUCUCUCAUCAUUGGUGCUCCAAGUAUCCGAGACGUCAUYGCUUUUCCCAAAUCCUUCAGAGGACGGGACCUGAUGGGCAAUGCUCCAGACUACGUCACUCCAGAAGAGCUAGAGCCGUAUCACAUCCAGGUUUCCUGGCCUGCUGCAGAAGCGGAGGCGAAGAAAAACUGACCUAAAGCAAGUGGUGUGAGGUGGUUUGUGUAACUAGUGAUGGGUUUGGCUGCUGAAUUCUAGGAUUUAGUUCAGAAGACACCAGCUGAUAUUGGAGAGUACAACCUCACUACACCAUGGAAACUUCCAAAUUGAAUGAGAUAUGAAGCCCUAAUGGGAAUUCACCUAAUCUCUAGGUAAUGGGAAGAAGUAACGAAACAAAGUAAAACCACCUCAUUUUAGCAUAGGCUAUUGAGAGAAUUUGCUUUCGGCUCCUAUAUUGGAGCGGAAGUGGAAUUUUUGUUAUUUUUUACCUACCCUUUGUAAAAUAUCCUCCUAUCUAUAGGAGGUGGUGUCAGCUUCUCUGGGAAAGAAGRUACUUUCUUCUGAUAAUCAUCAGAUCCCCCUAAGGUGAGGAGAGUUUGAACACAUCAGUGCUGUGCCAGGCCAAGAGCUUAACAACCCAUCGGUGCAGACAGUAACUUUUUUUCUUGCUGGAAGGGUACAAGAUUAUCUUAAACUUGUUGCAGGGAAUCGGUAUUUUCAAGUGUGAUCCCUAAUCCAAUGUGGGGGAGGGAGCAUGCAAAGCACUUGUUCAUGUAAUGCUCGUCGAACAGGGGGUGACCUGUCUUUGGGGCCUGUGGUCCCGUUUUCAGAACGCUAGUUCUGAA